AUGGAACAGAAUCAAGAGCCCACAGAUAAAUCCACACCGAGACAGUCAAUUGAUCUUCAACAAGGUUAUCAGGAAGGCACAAUGGGAACAGGAGUCUCCCCAGUAAAUGGUGCUGGGAAACUGAAUUUCCGCCUGCAGAAGAAUGAAACUGGACCCCUGUUGUACACCACUCACAAAACAAUAACUCGAAAUGGUUUAAAGACAAAUAUAAGACCCGAAACCAUAAACCCAAUGACGAAAACACAAGACAACACUGGUGUUGGCAAUGAUUUUUUGAGGAUGAUACCAAAAGCACAAGCAACAAAACCAAAAAUAAACAAGUAG